AUAAAAAUAAUGAGAUCGCUAACGUUGUUGUGGUAAGCGUAAAGAAGUACGUCAUGUUCUAUCCUUCUAGUUCUGCUUCAGUGGCUCACCUUGCCCUUGCGCUUGUCACCUUGCGUUUUAUUACGGAGUACUUCACCUUUGCUUUCCGAUCGAUAUUUUCGCAUUAGGUUUGACUUUUCCUCUGUUCUCCCUCAGGAGUCGGGAAAUGCAGUUUCGUACUCGGCAAAACCACCGUUUGUCUUGAAAUUAUAAGUGAAUUUGCCGAAAAUUUGGAUACUAAAUUAUUCCGCGAAUAGUGUUCUCCUGCAUUCUGCUGUUGGUGUAGUUGUUAGUUAAGGAAUUUACUUGUUUGGUUAACCUAAACCCCAACCACAAUCUACAUCCUGGCCUGUUAAUCUUCAUCUGGGAUCGAUCCACCUAGAACAAGAAUCAAGAUUCUCUUGUCUGUCUACGCUCUGCACGUGUGGCGACAACUUGGAUGGAAGUCACAAGUGGCGUUUGUAUGCGCUAUACUGUAACUGAGGCUUAGGCCAAACACGGAUGUUGUGCCUUUGGCUUUGUUAUUUAAAAGGCAUCUUCCAGUUAUUUGGGAUUAUUGCUUAUUUUUUAUUGUGGCGCCCUCCAAAUUGCCAUGGACUGAUUCUAGUCACUGCCAUACGCAAUUAAGCCUGUAUGCCUGUUUCCGACCAUUUGUCGGGCGUACACGGCGGUUCCAUGAACGUGACAUCCCGAAUGAUGUAUUCUCCGGUGUACGCCAAUGAGGCGAGUCCCGAUUUUCAUCCUCAGAUGCUCGAUGAGUCGACCAUGGAAAACAUGCCCAUGAACGAUGGCUUGCCAGACUUGCCCACACACCUGAUGUAUCCAAAAUGUCGGGUUUGCCAGGGGAAAUCGACAGGGGUGCAUUACGGCGUGCAGUCGUGCGAGGGAUGCAAGGCCUUCUUUAAACGCGGAAUCGUUAAAAAAGCGUCGUACAAGUGUUAUUUCGGGAGAUCGUGCGCCAUUACCCCGAAAACGCGAGGACGUUGUAAAGCUUGCCGUCUGCAGAAAUGCAUCGAUGAAGGAAUGAGUUUGGAAGGCUCGAAAUCGGGGCGUAGUUCCAAAAUUAAAGAAUUUGGAAGCAACAGAGAAGUUGCCAUCUUGCCACAGUCCUCUCCAGCGACGACGUCCUCGAAUUCUGCCAUGGACGUGGGUGAUGCUAGAGAGUCCAUCUUCGUGAUUAGCGCAAGAGAUUCUUCUGUAUUAUUGCCAACCGGAUCGUUUGCUCCAAGUGCACCUACAGCCUCUCAUACUUCGGUUAUCAAAUGCGCCCGGACAUUGCGAGAGGAUUUACAAUCGUCGGUAAACAGGAUUUCGGAAGACGAAGCACGACAAAGUGUGAUUGCUAGCCUGGUGAAAAAAAGCAAAACAGAGACUCUGGGUAGUUUUCUGGAAACCACAUUAAUGGUACGUUCUCCUUCGGCACAACAGUCGCUGCCUGGCCUGCGAACCAGAGUAAUCCUGGGUCCGGACUCAGACUCGUCGGUUUUUAUGCUGAAAUACUGGUCCAUCAUGAAAGAUCGCAACAGUUGCCUAGAAGUAUCCAUAAAGGCGAUUACUGAUGCUAUUAAAUCGGUAUAUCUGGACCAGAUUGAAUGUUGGACCGCGUUCAUGACAAAUGCGAUGGCAGUGGGUCAUGCCCCGGCUCAGCCCGAAACGUCAUUGGAAUCCAUGCUGGAUCAGUUCCAGAAUGACGUGCACGAUGAGGUGGAACGAUCGGUGAGAUUCGCUGCUAUGGUACCCGGUUUUGCUGAUCUCCCACAGGAAGACCAGGUUCGAAGGAUUUGCGAACGCGGUCUUCACAUCUGGAUGGUUCGACGCGCUUCUUUUAUGAGAGACGAAGAAAUGUAUACAUUGACGUCAAAAAGCAAAUUUCAUUACGGCCGCUAUUGGAUGGAUACUCUGCUUGAAAAAGACUUUAUCAAAUAUAUUUUCGAAUGGGCUAGUCAUUUUAACGAAUUGGACCUGUCUUUAACGGAAGCUUUUUUGUUCGUGGCGAUUGCCUUAUUCUUUCCCGACCCGAGCGACCGCCACAAACCGACUUACGGUAAUCUCCUUUAUGCACAUUAUCUUGACGCACUGGUUAAUCUCGUCGGCCCUAGAAGAGACGCCUUGUUAGAGAAGAUCCAUUUCAUUGUCAGCCAGUUUGGAUCUUUGAAGCAGAUACAGACAAAUUACUGUCUGGCCAUCGACGUGAAUAGCGUGCCCUUUCGACUUAAUUCCGGUAUUCCUUUUGAUUGUUUGCGCAAAGCUGUUUGUGCCGAUUAGGCGGUUCUUUGUCGCUUUAGUUAAAGUAAUUUAACUGCCUACAUGGAAAUGUUAAACUUUGGUUUAAUGGAAAGAUUUUUUCUGGUAAUAGAACUUUUUGACGUUUGCUUUGAUUAUUGUUUAUUGUCACCCUUUCCAUUCCGUUCCAUGGCGUCGCACAAGGGAUUUGAUUAGUUUUCUGGAUUUCGCGGAAAUUGACAGACAUAUAUUUAAAUUGCUAUUUUUGGUGUUAAUAACAUGGUACUGUGUUUUUUGUUGGAUCAUGACGUGUUCGACUAUGUCGCGAUUUUCGUGCGCACGUGGUUUGUUUUACUUUUUGUCUAAAUUCGUAUGAACGCAUCCAGUUGAUCCCCCUUUCUGUUUAAUCAAUUAAAGUGCUGCAGAGUGAA